ACAAGAAGACCCUCCUCGUCAAAAGCCAUCUUCACUCUCUCUCUCUCUCUCUCUCUCUUGCCACUCUGAUAGCUAGAAAUACAGUGACAGACGCAGUGGAAGAAGAACCCCAAGGGAGGCACAUCCACAGAGGAGAGAGAGAGAGAGAGAGAAUGACCACAAGAGACAACCAGCCGCAGCCAAACGGCGAGAGAAGACAAAGGGCACCGCCAGCGGCACAUCCACAGCGACCGGCAGCGACACCACAACCGCCAGCACAUUCAUCUUCUGUAAACGGUUACAGGCAGUACAACCCAACGACGCCGUCUCGUUCGUCUUCGUCGGCGUCGUUCAAAGGGUGCUGCUGCUGCCUGUUCCUGCUGUUUUCGUUCCUGGCACUGUUGGUGCUAGCGGUGGUGCUAGUGAUAAUCCUAGCAGUGAAGCCAAAGAAGCCACAGUUCGAUCUUCAGCAAGUGGGGGUGCAGUACAUGGGCAUCACACCCAAUCCCCCCUCCACCGCUUCACUAUCACUCACCAUACGACUUCUCUUCACCGCCGUUAACCCCAACAAGGUUGGGAUCAAGUACGGCGAGUCCAGCUUCACCGUCAUGUACCGCGGUAUUCCCUUGGGGAAGGCCUCGGUUCCCGGGUUCUACCAGGACGCUCACAGCAUCAGACAGGUGGUGGCUACCAUCGCCGUCGAUCGGGUGAAUUUGCUUCAGGCGGAUGCUGCCGAUUUAAUCCGAGACGCUUCCCUCAACGACCGCGUCGACCUCAGAGUUCUCGGCGACGUUGGUGCCAAGAUCCGCGUCAUGAACUUCGAUUCCCCUGGUGUUCAGGUCUCCGUGGAUUGUGCUAUAGUGAUCAGUCCAAGAAAGCAAUCUCUGACUUACAAGCAGUGUGGAUUCGAUGGAUUGAGUGUCUAAUGAUAUCAUUCUUGUUGGCGGUAUCAAUGUCCUUAAUUUUCACUCAAUUUCUCGCGUGACCCCUCAUUUCUUCCACUAAUUUAAGGACGAAAUGAGGAAGAAAGGAGUGAUUUGGGAGGGGUAUUUAGAGAGAAUUUAGAAUGGUUAUCGGAGGGGUCACGACAAUUUGUUAAACUGCAAAGUCAAGAGAAAGGUUUUGAAAAAGAUAUCAUCAAAUUAGGGCAUUUAACAUUUUCUCAAAAAAAUUUGCAGAAUUUUUUGAAUUGGUUACUUCGCUUGGAAAACAAAAAUAUGCGGAACAACGUGUA